AUGACUUCAUCGCCACCAGGUGCCGGGUUGGCGCGCAGCAGUAACACAGGCACAUCAGGAUUUGUGAAACACCACAUUAAACUCGAUGGGGGCAAGCAAAUUACAUAUGAAGCAUUCGAGGGGUCAAUGGAGAAACCUCUGAUUGACAAGCGCGAAUAUAAGCUGAUUCGUCUUGAAAAUGGCCUUGAAGCACUUUUAAUCCACGAUCCAGAAGCAGACAAAGCAAGCGCUGCGAUGGAUGUGCGCGUGGGUCACCUGAGUGAUCCAGAAGGUCUUUAUGGCAUGGCGCAUUUCUGCGAGCACUUGUUAUUUAUGGGCACCAAAAAAUACCCUCGAGAAAAUGAAUACAGCGAGUAUCUGUCGAACCACAGUGGCAGUUCGAAUGCUUUUACGUCACUUGAGAAUACGAAUUACUUUUUCGACGUCGGUUAUGCACACUUCGAAGGCGCGCUUGAUCGCUUCGCGCAGUUUUUCUUAGAGCCACUGUUUGAUCCUAGUUGCUCAGAACGUGAAAUCCGCGCUGUCGAUUCAGAACACAAAAAAAAUUUGCAAUCAGAUCUUUGGCGUUCUUUUCAGCUGGACAAAACUUUGUCAAAUCCUUCACACCCCUACUCAAAGUUUGGGACAGGCAAUCUCGCCACGUUGUGGGAAAAGCCGCGCGAGAUGGGACUUGACAUUCGUGAUGAGCUCCUCAAGUUUCAUGAAAGGUAUUACAGCGCAAAUAUGAUGAAGCUCGUUGUACUGGGUCGGGAAUCUACGGCCAAACUCACUGAAUGGGUCGCCGAGAAGUUCUCGAACGUGCCGAACAAACAGUGCGAUGUGCCUUCAUUUCCUGGUUCGCCACUGAGCGACAGGGAGCUCGGUACUCAGGUGCUUUUCCGCACUAUCAAGGAUGUCCGUUUGUUAGAUAUUACAUUCCCAUUUCCCGAACAAGCUGAUCUAUAUCGUUCCAAGCCAGGACAACUACUCUCUCACUUGAUCGGUCACGAGGGCCAUGGCUCGCUUUUUUCGUGUCUUAAGCAGCGUGGAUGGGCAAACUUGCUCAGUGCAGGCUCUGCGAUUCACGCUAAGGGCUUCGAGUUGUUCAAAAUCAAUAUUGAUCUUACGCAUGAAGGGUACGAGCAUUAUGGAGAUGUUGUUGCCGCAGUCUUUCAGUACAUUGAUAUGCUCCGCGCCAAGCCGAUUGAGCAAUGGCUGUACGAGGAAGUUCAGCGGCUGAGUGAGCUUCGUUUCAUCUUCAAGGAAAAAUCAUCGCCUGCUAUGUACAGCUCGACACUAGCGUCUCAAAUGCAACACAGUUUGCCGCCCGAAUGGCUGCUUUCGGGGCCCUACGUGCUGCGCGAGUUUGACGCACCAUUAAUCAGCUCCACGCUUGAAUACUUGCGCCCUGACCGCUGUCGUUUGAUGCUCGCAGGUCGUGAGCCACCAGCUGGUGUUUCAUUGGACAAAUCAGAGACAUGGUAUGGCACUGAGUACACGAUUAAACCUUUUGUGCCAGAGAUGCUCAAUUCUUGUGAGACAUUGCAGGGUCUUUCAAUGCCGCGUGAGAAUGAAUUUAUCCCUCAUAAUCUCGAAGUGCUUAGAGAACCGAACGGUGAUAUCCCACCAUCCAACCGCCCUCAACUCUUAGAGCACACGCCUAAGGCUAGACUUUGGCACAAACAAGAUGAUCGCUUUUUUCUGCCCAAAGCCAACGUCGCGAUGCUCUUGCGUACGCCAUAUGUCAAUGCUUCGCCACGGCAUGCCGUCCUUUCGCGUUUGCUUGUUGAGCUAACGAAGGAUGCGCUUUGUGAGUACUCGUACGAUGCGGACGUCGCGGGCUUGCAUUACGACGUUGACAGUCACCUGGACGGCGUCGACAUUGUCGUUGGUGGCUACAAUGACAAACUUGCGCACCUUUUGGAGUCUGUGUUGAACACCUUAACAAAACUCCAGGUUGACGAGAAGCGCUUCGCAAUCGUUCAUGACCAAGUGCGACGGAACUACGAAAACUUUGAUUUGGAAGAGCCGUUCCAGCAUGCUGCAUACUACUCAACCUACUUGGUGACGGAGCGAAUGUGGACGCAGCAUGAAAAGCUACGGGUUGUGAACGACGUUACAGCGCAAGACGUUCAGAAGUACAUUUCUGAGCUGUUCCAGCAGAUGCAUGUGGAGAUGCUUGUUCAUGGAAAUCUAACAAGGGACGAUGCUCGUCGUCUGCUGGAAACAGCCCAGCGUCACCUGCAAUAUGAAGCACUCGAUACGCAUCACACAACUCCACCACGGUCUCUUGUGCUCUCGCCCGGCUCGCGCGUGUCUUGGCGAGUGCCUGUGGCGAACAAGAGCAAUGUGAACUCUUCGCUCGAGUACUACUGCCAAGUUGGUGACCCGAGUGAGGUGAGGCUACGUGCAACGCUCGCUCUGCUCGCUCAGAUUGCAAGUGAGCCAUGCUUCGAUCAGUUGCGUACGAAGGAGCAGUUAGGCUAUCUUGUAUUCAGUGGUGUUCGCACGUCCAUUGGUCAGAUGGGUUUUCGAGUAAUCGUGCAAUCGGAGCGAGAUUCAGACUAUUUGGAGUCGCGUAUUGACGCCUUUUUUGACCAGCUCUUACAUCAGUUGCAUGAGAUGAGCACGGAUGAGUUCCUUGCUCAUCGCAAUUCCUUGAUUCACAAGCGGCUCGAAUCUGUGAAGAAUUUGGCUGAGGAGACGAACCGCUACUGGCAAAGUAUCCACUCAGGUUACUACGACUUCAUGAAUCGGCAACGGGAUGCCCAAGUGCUUGAGCAUUUGACUAAGAAUGACGUUAUUGCUCUCAUGGAGCAUUAUAUCCAUCCUAGUAGCCCUCGGCGUGCCAAGACCGUCACUCAUCUUCAAGCGCUACCAGGUGACGAAGCGAAUACAGCACAAUCUACUACACCUUUGAGCAAGGAAGCUCUUGAUGCAUUCCUCCAUGUACUUGACUCUCACGGUGUAAGCAUUCCGCCGGAAGCACGCGAUGCCCUUGCCGUGCAGAUGACAAGCGUGGAAAGCCUUCAGGCGUUCGUCAAAGAGGCUUGUGCCUCGGGUGAACUCCCGCCGAGCCUGUCUGAAUCGGCACUGUGUGAAGAAAUCGAUCGAUCAGCUAAGGCGCAUCCUAAGCAAGCGCUCAACCUUGCGUCGGAUCUGGCAUCGGCACCACAAGACGUGUUAACACCGGAAGAAGUGCGAGAUGUACAUGCGUUCAAGAAAAGUCUCACCCCAAGCGCAGAGGCAAAGCCCGUGCUGCCAUGGGACGUGUAUCAGCAAGAACCCCAUGACCCAGUGGAUGAUUCUUUGUACAGUUCGUCAGCACCUGUUGAUGUGCAUGCGAACAUGUAG